AUGCUCCUAAUCCGGGCUGUGCUCGCAGCAUCUUGCCAAGCAGCCACACACCCGUCUGACGUGGCAGCGCUUCAGCGCUUCCACUCAUCCGUCUUCACCGUCGCUAGCAGCAGCCAUGGCAGCAGCACCAGCAGUGACAAUAACAGCAGUGGCAACAACAGCAGCAGCGGCAACAGCAACAACAGCAGAAACAGCAGCAGUGGAAGUGGCAGCAGCAGCAGCAGUUUGACAGCCGGCACGGAAGGAAACAAGGUGCCUGGAGUGCCGGGAUGGUUCCCCUCGGCCCAUUCAGACCCCUGCCAGGACGCAUUUCCAGGAGUGCAGUGCUCCAAUGACCAGCCGCCACGUGUCACUGGCAUCGGUCUCUACUCCCAGGGGCUGCACGGCUCGUCUCUGAGAGCCCUCGCUCUCUUGAAUCGCCUCGAAUAUAUUGACCUGGAGAGCAACGCCUUUCACUGCCGCCUGCCAAAGUCCUUCUCCCGUCUCAUCCACCUCACCUACCUGGACGUUUCCAAGAACCUUCUCUAUGGCUCCCUGCCAGACCUUUCCCGUCUGCCUCUCGAGUUCCUAUUCCUCGACCGCAACCGCCCCGCUCCCACCCCAGCCCCUGCCACUGCCCCUGCCCCUGCCCCUGGCUCGCCCACUGCCUCUGCUCCUGCCCCUGCUUCUGCUGCUGCUUCUUCCUCUGGCGCAACGCUGAGCGGAAGGCUUACCACCACCACCACCAUCGCUGCUGCUCGUGUGAAACGGUGGUGUGGCUUCACGGGAGGGAUACCGGCAGGGCUGGCGAAUGUGACUACUCUGCGCGCUCUCGACCUCUCCUUCAACUCCUUGUCCGGCCCCAUCCCUGCCGCCCUAACAUCGCACCUCACUCGUCUGCUGCACCUUGGCCUGCAGAGCAACCAGCUCUCAGGCGCCAUUCCACCAAUGGAUCAGCUGAAGCAGCUAGCAACGCUCCAGCUCGCCUUCAACCCCUUCACACCCGCACCUUUCCCUCCCUCCAUCCCUCACCUCACCUCCCUUGUCCUCGUCCUUGACCUCUCCGCCACCAACCUGCAAGGGCCCCUUCCCGACCUCUCUGCUCUCGCUGGCGUAUCCGAUCUGCUUCUUGAUUUCAACAGCUUGGAUGGGCCGUUGGAUCCCAAGUACUUGCCAUCUGGACGGCUAGGAUUCUUCUCAGCACACAGCAACAACUUUUCCGGCCCCAUCAGCCCCCACCUGGCCAUCCCCCUGGCGUCGCCCAUAUUCUCCAUCCUCGACUCGGGACUCAUCCUCGCCAACAAUUCCUUUUCGGGCAGCCUGCCGGGCAGCCUGGGCGGGCUGGUGCAGGCGUACGUGGUUGACGUGUCGCACAACCAUUUGUCGGGCCGCAUCCCUCUUUCCUUCGGCACUCUGUACCAACUCACCCGCUUCCUCCUCAAUGGCAAUGCAUUCACCGGCGCCAUCCCCACCGAGCUGGGCAUUGCUACUGGUCUCAGGGUGUUACGGCUGGCUGGUAACCGCCUCUCCGGCACCAUCCCUGCCACAUUCACCGCCCUGACGCGGCUUCAGGAACUCGACCUGAGCCGAAACCACCUCGUUGCUUCCCUCCCAGACCUCUCCACCUCCCUGCACCGCCUCACACUCCUCAAUACCUCUCGCAACUUCCUCUCAGGUCUCCUCCCCUCCCACCUCCCUCCCUUUCUCCUCUCCCUUGACCUUUCCAAAAACUUUUUCUCGGGCAGCCUGCCCGGAACGUCUGAUUGGCUGCCUAGAAAUGCAACUGCCCGGUUGCAUGGGAAUUGCCUGCAGCUGCCAUCCUGCCCUGUGCCUCCGAACCUGAGGUUCAGCCUUGGUGCGAAGGUGGGAGACAGCUUCAGGCCAAACCUGGGAGCUGGGUCGGCGUGCUGGCUGGCGAGGCAGCGCUCUGAGAGGCAGUGUGCUGCGUUCUGUGGAGCCAAUGAAAGUGUGCCACGUGUCUGCAGGUGA